AUGUCAACGAGUAUUCGCCGUUCACCAUCAGGCUCAUCCGAAAGCUCCAGCGACGACUUGCUCGCCAACAACAAAAACAGCACAGCCACUCAUCAAAUAACAGAGGAUGGCGUUGAUUCUAGCAGCACGCUCGCCAAAGACCAUAAAGGGAAAGAAACACACCCCACAUUUCUCGUCAUGAUGCUCACCCUAGCAUCUUCGAUUUCGGGAUUCAUGUUCGGUUACGAUACCGGCUACAUUUCUGCUGCGUUGGUGAUGGUCGGCACCGACUUGUCCAACAAAAUCUUGACCUCGGGCGAGAAGGAAUUGAUUACUUCGGCCACAUCGCUUGGUGCCCUUUUGGGUGCUGUUCUUGGUGGUGUGUUGGCCAACUUGUGUGGAAGAAAGCGUGUUCUUAUGGGCCUGAACGUUGUGUUCGUUGUGGGCACCAUCAUCCAGCUUGUCGCCAAAACCGUGUGGACUAUGAUCGCCGGAAGAUUUGUCCUUGGUUGGGGUGUGGGAGCUGCAUCACUUAUUGCUCCGCUCAUGUUGAGUGAGUUGGCUCCUUCAAAGUAUAGAGGCCGUCUUAUUGUCACGAAUUGCAUGUUCAUCACAGGUGGUCAGUUGGUGGCCUACUUCAUCAACUGGGGCUUGACUAACAUGGCCCAUGGCUGGAGAGUCUCUGUUGGAUUGUGCAUGGUUCCUGCCGUCAUCCAGCUGAUCAUUUUCGUUUUCUUGCCUGACACUCCAAGAUACUACGUCAUCAAAGGUAACUAUGAGAGAGCUAAGGAAGUUUUCUUGAAGACAAACCGGGACUGCACUGAUCAGUAUGCCGAUGUAGUUAUCAAGGACAUGGUUGCAUCAAACUCCACCGUUCCUGGCUCUCCACUCACCCAAAUUUGGAACUCCAUUAAGCUUAUCCACAGAAACCCUGCCAAUUUAAGAGCUUUGAUCUUGGCUUGUGGUUUGCAAGGUAUCCAACAGUUCACCGGUUUCAACUCGUUAAUGUACUUUUCUGCCACCAUUUUCGAAACCAUUGGCUUCCACAAUGCCACUGCUGUUUCUAUCAUUGUUGCUGCCACCAACUUCGUUUUCACAGGUGUUGCUCUUUGCAUUAUCGACAAAGUUGGACGUCGUCGUAUUUUAUUGUGGGCCAUUCCAGGUAUGUGCAUCUCUUUGAUUGUGUGUGCUAUUGCAUUCCACUACUUGGGCGUAAAAUUCGGCUCCAGCUCUGAAGUGGUUAUUCAAAAGACCGGAAUUUCCGGUUGGGGUAUCGUCAUCAUCAUUGGAAUGGUGAUGUUCGUUGCAACUUACGCCAUUGGUAUUGGUAACAGUGCAUGGACUGGGGUCGAGUUGUUCUCUGAUGUUAAUGUUAGAUCUGUGGGUGGUAUGUACGCGGCAGCAACCAACUGGAGUGGUUCUUUGGUCAUUUCAUCGACAUUCUUGACUAUGUUGGAGAAAAUCACUCCACCAGGCACCUUUGCAUUCUUUGCAGCCCUUUGCUUUAUUUCGUUUUUGUUUGUUUACUUCUUGCUUCCAGAAGUUUCAGGCUUGGAGUUGGAGGAGACCUCCAAUUUAUUGGAAGACGGCUUCAAUGUGAAGGCUGCAUCUGAGUUGUCGAGAGAGAGAAGAAAGAUCUCUAAGUAUCUCAACAACGAUAACGAAAACGUUUAG